UUUAUUUAUUUUCGCGAAGAAGAUGAUCACCUGGGAUCAGCUCUCAAUGUAUGUCGCAACAGGAAGUUGUUGGCAUUCGAAUCAGACAACAACAACAUUAGCAGAACAGCAGAGUUCUCAGUCGAAGUCCAUCCGACAAAUAUUAUCGAUGGAUAACACCGGAUAUUGCAACGAUAGCUUCAAUAGCAUACGAAGUAGCACAAGUGACGAGGACAUGGUGGAGAUAGCAGGGUCGACAUUAGACUUCUCUAACACGGAGGAUGUACCACCCUUGGACCGAGACUAUGGUUCUGGGGAUAACCCAGGUAUGGAGGAGGUGAACGGGGUUCCUAAACUGAUGGACCUGCUUGAUGAGCCUGUGCCUGGGGUGGGCACCUAUGAGGACUUUAACACCAUAGACUGGGUGCGGGAGAAGUCCAAAGACCGUGACCGGCACAGAGAGAUUACCAGUAAAAGCAAAGAGUCUACAUGGGCGCUGGUGAACAGUGUCUGUGAUGCUUUCUCUGGAUGGCUGCUCAUGCUGCUGAUUGGACUCAUGUCAGGCGCGUUGGCAGGUGGGAUUGACAUAUCAGCCCACUGGAUGACAGACCUGAAGGAAGGGGUUUGUCUGAACGGGUUCUGGUUCAACCAUGAACACUGCUGUUGGACCUCUAACGAGACCACCUUCCAAGAGAGGGACAAGUGUCCACAGUGGAAAAGCUGGGCUGAGCUCAUCAUCGGCACAACAGAGGGUCCCUUUGCGUACAUUAUGAACUACCUAAUGUAUGUGUGCUGGGCUCUGCUAUUCUCCUUCCUGGCCGUGACACUGGUCAGGGCCUUCGCCCCCUAUGCCUGUGGUUCUGGAAUCCCAGAGAUCAAAACCAUAUUGAGUGGUUUCAUCAUCCGAGGGUACCUGGGGAAGUGGACACUGGUGAUUAAGACCAUCACCCUGGUCCUGGCUGUGUCGUCGGGGCUCAGCCUGGGGAAGGAGGGGCCCCUGGUCCACGUGGCCUGCUGCUGUGGCAACAUCCUCUGCCACCUCUUCACCAAGUACCGCAAGAAUGAGGCCAAGCGCAGAGAGGUUCUGUCUGCCGCUGCAGCAGUUGGUGUGUCUGUGGCUUUUGGGGCCCCCAUAGGAGGAGUGCUCUUCAGUCUGGAGGAGGUGAGCUACUACUUCCCUCUGAAGACCCUGUGGCGGUCGUUCUUCGCAGCCCUGGUGGCAGCCUUCACCCUGCGCUCCAUCAACCCGUUUGGCAACAGCCGCCUGGUGCUGUUCUACGUGGAGUUCCACACCCCCUGGCACCUCCUGGAGCUCGUACCCUUCAUCCUCCUGGGCAUCUUCGGGGGCAUCUGGGGCGCCUUCUUCAUCCGUGCCAACAUCGCGUGGUGCCGGAGGCGUAAGACCACGUGGCUGGGGCAUUACCCGGUCCUGGAGGUGCUGGUUGUCACCGCGGUGACGGCGGUGGUGGCUUUCCCUAACAGCUACACCCGCACUAGCACCAGUGAGCUCAUCUCUGAGCUCUUCAACGACUGUGGCCUGCUGGACUCCUCCAAGCUAUGUAACUAUGACAACGCCAAUGUCACCAAGAGCAGCAACGAGCUGCCGGACCGCCCAGCUGGAAAUGACGUUUACACGGCCAUGUGGCAGCUGUCCCUGGCCCUGGUCUUUAAGAUGCUCAUCACCGUGGUUACCUUCGGCAUGAAGGUUCCCUCUGGUCUGUUCAUACCCAGCAUGGCAGUAGGGGCGAUCGCAGGCAGGCUGCUGGGAAUAGGCAUGGAGCAGCUGGCCUACUACCACCAUGACUGGGCGAUCUUCAGGGGCUGGUGUUCUCCUGGUGCUGACUGCAUCACCCCAGGCCUCUACGCCAUGGUGGGGGCUGCUGCCUGCUUAGGUGGGGUGACCCGUAUGACUGUGUCCCUGGUGGUCAUCAUGUUCGAGCUGACGGGAGGGCUGGAGUACAUCGUGCCCCUGAUGGCUGCGGCCAUGACCAGUAAGUGGGUGGCGGACGCCAUCGGGCGCGAGGGGAUCUACGAGGCUCACAUCCGCCUCAACGGAUACCCCUUCCUGGAGGCCAAGGAGGAGUUCAGUCAUAAGACCCUGGCCAUGGACGUGAUGCGGCCGCGUCGCAGUGACCCGCCGCUCUCCGUACUGACCCAGGACGGCAUGACGGUAGAGGACGUGGAGACCAUGAUCACUGACACCACCUACAGCGGCUUCCCCGUGGUGGUCUCCCAUGAGUCCCAACGCCUCGUGGGAUUCGUGCUGCGAAGGGACCUCACCAUCUCCAUAGAUAAUGCCAGACAGCGUCAGGAUGGGAUAGUGAGCACAUCAAGGGUCUUCUUUACAGAGUACACGCCCCCUCAGCCCCCCAACAGCCCCCCUCCUCUGAAGCUCAGAGGCAUCAUGGACCUUAGUCCCUUCACCGUCACAGACCACACCGCCAUGGACAUUGUGGUGGACAUCUUCAGGAAGCUGGGCCUGCGCCAGUGCCUCAUCACACACAAUGGCCGCUUGCUGGGUAUUAUCACAAAGAAGGACAUUCUGAAGCACGUGGCUCAGAUAGCCAACCGGGACCCAGACUCGAUCCUCUUCAACUGAUGGUAUAGUACCAGCUGCAGCACCGUGGGCCAGACAUCACUGUGGAACCACUGCUUUCGCCCAGGCCUCUCUAAACUGCACUAUGUUCAUGUCUAGUGGACUCCUCCCUGCUGUGACAACUAGCCACUCCAUUAGAACUCUAGUGGACUCCUCCCUGCUGUGAAAACUGGCCACUCCAUUAGAACUCUAGUGGACUCCUCCCUGCUGUGACAACUAGCCACUCCAUUAGAACUCUAGUGGACUCCUCCCUGCUGUGAAAACUGGCCACUCCAUUAGAACUCUAGUGGACUCCUCCCUGCUGUGACAACUGGCCACUCCAUUAGAACUCUAGUGGACUCCUCCCUGCUGUGACAACUGGCCACUCCAUUACAACUGGAGAGGUAGAGGAUUCGUUGUUCUUCAACACCAAGCUGGCUUUCCAGGAUUGGCCCAAAAGAUGAGUUGGAUUUAGAAAAGAUGUAUGACUUCUUAAAUGAGCGUCAGUAACUGGGAGAAUAUUUUUUCUUGGCUCUGUUGGCAGGAGUGGUCUUCCUUUUCAGUUGACAGAUGAGAGCAGGCAUGCUGGGUAGGGCAUGUGUCUCUGGAGAGACCAAGGAUUGUAAACGAGCAGAGACCAAGUCUGGAGUCUGAGAUAUAAACCACACCACUGCCAAGACAUACUCUACCCUCCCUCCUCUACAUAGACAUCUUAACCCAUACAAUCACUAAGCUAGGAGUGAAAAUUAUCAGCUUCUACCUAUCAAAGUAUCAUGAAGAUAUGCACCGUUUAAAUUGUGAUGUCUGCCUGAAAUAUUUGUCAUUAAUGAGCACUUGCAUAUGGCUGUCAAGACUAAAUGUAUUUUCUCUGGUGUUUCUUUCCUUGGAAAUGUCAUAUUCCUCAUUGUUUUUUCAUGUAAUUGGUUGUGGUUUAACACAGACCUGGAGAUGAUGUCCUCUUCGUACAGGGACACUGUGUAAGGUAGCAUGGAUUUCUUAUUCACCAGGAUAAAAUAAGCUCCGUAAAUAACCCUCCUCUGAAACCUGCAUGCUCUGGUUCUCUUUGACCACAGGGAGGCGCUACUGUGCACCACCCAGCUGUGGUUACAGUCACAUUACUAUACUUUUUUACCAGGUCAUCAGUAACAAACACUCAAAAGAUUAAUUGUAUUACUCAUUUAGAAUAUGUAUCUCUAUAUAUUUCUGGUUUGUAUGACCUUUUCUGUGAAUAUUACGUAUUGUAUAGGUUUAUAGAUCACUUUAUCCAGCACACUCUAGAAUCCUCAGUGAUGAACAGCCUAACAGGCAGUCUGAGUAUGAGGUCAAAGAGAAGAGUAGUGUUGGAUGAGGUGAUGGGAUGAUUAAGGGAGAGGACUCCAGUGUGUCACAUCUCUUUUCAUCCUCCAGCUAUUAUCUCUCCUCUCGCAAUGUCUAUGGAUCUGCAUGGCCAGGGCAGGGGAUCAAGAGACAGGACUUCCCUGUCAACAGUCUAGUAAAGAACUGGAUCUCUUCUCCCUAUUUCCUCAUGCACUUGCUGUCUCACGACACCCUCAUGCUCUUACCCUCCAUACAACAUCAAAGUCCACACUAAGAAUGAGCAAUUGAAAUGUAGCAUAUUCUGUCUCUUAUACAUGAACAAAGCCAAGGAACCUCAAAUCUCACUUUUAUCUAGAGCAGAUACCUUUGGAGGUUGAUGGUGGACAUUCUUAAACUAGAUUAAUGUAUUCCUGUUAAUCAUGUCUUAUCGUUUAAGGACAAGUGUGACUUCAACCAAGUUCUUUGUGUUGUAUACCGUACCAUAGUUCAUUACAUCAGUAAAAGGUUUGACUUUGGGGUCUCAAAGGUAAACACAUUAUCACUUAAAAAGCACUCCAUUUCAAAAUAACAUGCUUAUCAGUUGUUUUUGGAGAUGCAGCUACAGUAAUCAUAUUUAACAUCAUCAAACCAUGUCUAUUUUUAUUUCUGCAAACUGCAAUGGGUUUGUAUCACUACCGUCUUACGUAAACAUGCAACUGAGAUUCAAAAACAUUGAAAUAUCAAUUUAUUCCCUGUCAUUUCAUAUUUGCCUUGAAUUAAAACAACGUUGACUUUCA